AUGACGCCAGCUCAAUGGUGCCAGGGCUUCUUUGCCCUUUCUACAACCAUCAUCAUUGGUAUCCAAGUUCUCCCACACGACGUCCGUAGUGCUCUUAUGGACUAUGGUGCACGGAGGCCCAAAGACACGAAGCCUGGGAAGAAGGAGGUGGAAAACAAGGGGCAAGCUUUUGUGCCUCUGAGGUCGUUUCUGAAAAAUUUGACAGAGUAUGGGCAAGUGCCUCAUUCGUGGUUCUUGCACUUCUACAUCACGUCGGUAUUCCUAUCAGGUUUCUGGGCGUGGCAGUAUUUCACCAAGGGGUCGGUAUUGAAGAGUGUCAUUACGUGGCAGGACCGAGCUGGCGGACCGUCUAUGAGUUUGGAGCAAGUAUUUGUGGCAUGGCUGUUUAUGGCCUUGCAGGGUUCAAGAAGGCUCUGCGAGAGUUUGUUCGUAUUCAAGCCAGGGUCGUCACCUAUGUGGUUUAUCCACUGGGCUCUUGGUCUUGCGUACUACAUUACAAUAACCCUUGCUGUCUGGGUUGAGGGUUCCAGUGCAAUCUUAGCAGCCUGGAAUUCUCCCGCACAACCUCUCCGAAUCCCACCAAGGUUGCCUUCAGCUCUGGCAUUGUUCAUUGUGGCGUACUUCAAGCAGAACCAAUGUCACAGGCACCUGGCAAGUCUCAAGAAGUAUACACUCCCAAGUGAGGGAUGGUUCAAGUACUUGGUCUGUCCACACUACACUUCAGAAUGCCUUGUGUAUCUCGCCAUUGCGUGGAUCGCCGCACCCCAAGGUCAACUCCUCAACAGAAGCGUUCUGAGUGGUCUCGUGUUCGUGGCUGUGAACUUGGGUGCCACAGCAAAGGGGACCAAGGCAUGGUAUGUGCAAAAGUUUGGCGCAGAGAAGGUCGCGGAGCGAUGGAUCAUGAUCCCACCCGUCUACUAG